AUGAAAUCAUAAUUAUAAGUUUAUGCAAGACUAAAACCUCACGAUAAUAAAGAAAUUCCUUUCGAUAUUGAUAAACAAAACAAAAAAUUAUUUAUUGGUUCAAAAUUAAAUCGAAAUUAAAUUAUAAACAACAAUAAAGAUACAUUCGAAUAUAAUUUUGCAGAUAUUUUAGAUUAUAAUACUACAUAAGAUUAAGUAUUUAACCAAGUAGCAAUACCAGUUGUAUAAAAUUGCCUUGAUGGAUAUAAUGGUACAAUAUUUGCAUAUGGACAAACAGGAUCAGGAAAAACAUAUACAAUAAGUGGUUCAGAAUAAUGGGUAAAUAGAGGAAUAAUACCAAGAGUAAUGUCUUAUGUAUUUGAUUAAAUAGAUUAAAGAUAAAACUAAUACGAGUAUAGAGUAUAUGUAUCCUAUAUGGAAAUUUAUAACGAAAAAGCUUAUAAUUUAUUAAACGAAGAUCAUUUAAUAACUCCUAUAGAAUAGUGGAAUAAAGUAAUUUAAAAAUAAAAAAAUAAAAAAAUUAAAAAAUAGAUUGAGUUUAAAAGAGAUAAUUAGGGAAAUAUACAUUUAAAUAAUAUAUCAUUACAUGAAAUAGAUGAUGCUAAACCCGGUAUAGAUUUAUUAAUGAUGGGAAACUAUAUAAGAAAAUAAGCAGCAACACCAAUGAACUAAAAUUCAUCGCGUUCACAUUGUAUAUUUACAUUAACUUUCGAGGUUAAACAUAUAGAAAGUAAUACAUGCUUUGUUUCGAAAUUAAAUCUAGUGGAUUUAGCGGGAUCUGAGAGAACAUCAAAAACAAAUCAUGAUGGGGUACUUUUAAACGAAGCAAAAUAUAUAAAUUUAUCAUUAAGUUAUUUAGAAUAAGUUAUUGUAACUUUAAAUGAAAAAAAAAAAAAUAGACUUAGAUAACAUAUACCUUAUAGAUAAUCAAUUUUGACUACUUUAUUAAAAGAUUCUUUAGGAGGAAAUUGCAAAACUGUUAUGGUAUGCACUGUAUCUAUGGAUAUGGAUAAUUACGAAGAAACUUUAUCAGCUUUAAGAUUUUCGUAAAGGGUAGGAUAAUUGGAAAAUGAAAUUCAUGUUAAUGAAAAAGUAGAUUUAAAAUAAACUGUUUAAAAAUUAUAAGUUGAGAAAAAAUAAUUAAUCUAAGAAUUGUAAAAAUAUUAAUAAAUUGUUGGCGAUAUAAAUAAUUAUCAACUCGAAGAAUAAAAACAAUCUUGUAAAUUUUAUGAAAAUAAUGAUAAUUUAGAUUAUAAAGACGACGACGAUUAUGAUUUAGAUUAAAUUUUAACUAAGGUUGACUAAUAUAUGAAUGAAAAAAUUGAUAAUUUAGAAGUUAAAGAUUUAGAAGAGGCUAAAUUAUGCUUUAGAGCUAUGAAAGAAUUACAUAAUUCAAGAAUGGAAGAUUAUUUAAAAGAAUUAUAUACUAUUUCUAAAAAAUUAUAAUAAUACGAUGAGUUCUUGCCUUAAAAAAAUUAAUUUAAAAAAUGA